AUGACAGAUGGUUGCAUUGCUGGAGGUGUUGCCGGAGUCGUUGUAGAAACAGCUUUGUACCCCAUUGAUACCAUCAAAACUCAAUUACAGGUUGCUCGUGGUGGAGGGCAAAUUAUCUUGAAAGGUCUAUAUUCAGGGUUGGCUGGAAAUCUUGCUGGUGUCUUACCAGCAUCUGCGAUUUUUGUUGGUGUGUAUGAAUCCACAAAGCAAAAAUUGCUACGGUCCUUUCCUGAGAAUCUCAGUGCCAUAGCUCAUUUUGUAAGUUAGCUUUCUUUAUUAUUAAAAAUGCAUUCAUAUUAUCUUUAUGGUGACACCUGACACA